ACGAUAGAGUACGGAAGUUUGAAUAAAUAUUAAAUAAGGAAGAUGGAUGGGAUGUGCACAUAGCUCCCAUGGCGAUUCAUCCAUCCAUAUGCCAUCAUCAAAAGCUUCCCCCUUUUAAACAAAUUCCACUCUUCAUCAUUCACUUCUCUUAAUUUUGACCACUCCUCACAAAGAAUUGCAGGCGCCACCACCGUGAAAAAUUCCUUGGGAUAACACAAAGACACAGAACUGAAUCAGAGGCUCAGAGUUUUCUCCAUCUCGGUCUGUGUCCUUUUGUUUGCAACUGGGAAAGAAGUUGAAGACGGUGGUUGAUCAGUAGAUUUUAUGUCGGCUUUGUUCAUAUUGGCAGUGAUUGGGGCUCUGUUGAAGCUCUGUUUUUCUUCUUCUCUCUGCUGCUUCUGGCAGAGGUUGAUUCAAGUGCAAAAUUAUUAUUCAAUGCGUUUGAGAUUAAAAAGGACUUAUUCUGGAGUAAAAUUUUCUUGGGUUUUUCGUAUAAAACGAUUUCUACUUCGUUUCUCCACUUUACACUUAAGUUAUUGUGAUUUUCAGAGAUCUUCCAUUGUUUCCGUUUAAUUAUACAUAAGUUGUCCUCUUCCUGUUCUUCCAUCGAUUCAACACCAUCGAUUCAAUAAAAAAUGUCGUACUCUCCUAAUCAGAGAUCUGUUAGCGGUAGUAGAAAGUCGAAUGUGCUGCCGAAUAAAUUUUCUGCAGAUCCCAGAAUGAGGAGAAAACUUCGUAUAAUCUGUUACGAUCCCGAUGCAACUGAUUCAUCCUCGAGCGAAGAUGAAGGAGAAACAUACGCUAGAAAGUUCAACAGAAUCGUUCACGAAAUCCACCUACCUCCGCUGAAAAAGUCUCUCCAAUCCGAGAGUUCUCAGAACAGCAACAAUGAAAACAAAAACCCCAAGUUUAAACAGUCGAAAGCUCUGUUCAAAAACCCUUCAUCUCGAAGGCCAUCGUCCUCGAAAUACAGAGGCGUCAGACAGAGAUCUUGGGGUAAAUGGGCUGCAGAGAUUCGAGAUCCCUUUAAAAGAAGCCGUGUUUGGCUUGGUACUUACGAUACCGCAGAAGAAGCUUCUCAAGCUUAUGAGUCGAGGAGGUUACAGUUUGAAGCUAUGGCAGCAGAAAUGGCUAUUGAAGAAGAAGGCAAAAUGAGUGGAUCAUCAUCUACCCCUGUUUUUUCGGAAAGUACGGCGGAAACCACCGUGUCUCAUACAUCGCCGUCGUCGGUUCUUGAAUGGGCUGAUUCAACUGUGCAAAGCCACGAUUUGAAAGAGGGAACAGAAUCGAUAAAAGAAGAAACAGACAGUAAUAUGAACUAUCUUCAAGUAGGGGACCCGGGUAAUCCGUUUAUUGAUGAAAUUAAUAUGGGGAUUGAUUUUGAUUCGAUUCUGGCUGAUGGAAUCGGGAUGUUCUUGGAAGAUUUUGCAAGUUUUGAUGACACCCAGAUUUUAGGACUUGCUGAUGAUGAACCCAGUGGUCGUCUUCCAAGUUGGGAUUUUGAAGAUUUUGGGAAUGAUGAUAUUUCUUGUUGGCUUGACGAUUCUAUCAACAUUACAUGUUCUUGAAUUUUUUUGGAGCUUUAGGAGUUUUGUUCAUUGAGAAUGCAGUUUUAAAUUUUGUUUUGGAGUGAAAAAUGAGAGAGGCCUUUUGGGGUUUUUGCUGUGCUGUGUUCUCUAAAAUAAGAGAUUUCCAACUCUUUGAAUUUAGUGAAUCAAAGUUUGGGGGACUGUGUUAUCAA